CGCCGCCUCCUCCUCCCUCGGGACACGCGCACGCAGGUGCAGCCCUAGCCGCGCUGGCCACCUGCGCGCGGACGGCCCGCUCGCCCUUGCGACCCUCCGCCCCCGAGGUCAGGCCGUGCAGGCCGGGAGGGGACGGGAAGGAGGUGGCCGGCGGCUCCGGGCGCGGCGCUGCCCUCGAUGGCCCAACCCCCUUAUUCACGAGCCGCGGCCGUGUCUCUGCCCGCUGACGUGGGGAGGCCGAACUUUACGUAACCCGCCCGGCGCCCCACGCCUGCCCGCACAGGGCAUACCUGGCGCGGAGGCCCAGGCUUGGGGAAGGGACUCCAGUCACGGUGUUGCCCACGGGCCACAGCCCACCCCUACCGUGCCGCUCUCUUUAACUCAGUUACUCCAGCGAUAGUGACCCAGUGUGUGUGGAUGCGGCCUGCCCUCUGUCCCAGGCUCCUGUGACCAAGGGCUUACCCUUGAAAAAAGGCAGUAGGGAGCCUCGGCCAGAGCCAGAGAUGAAGCUGAGGAUCUGCCAAAGACAGUGAUAUACCCACAUCCCCGGAACUAGGCGAUUGCGGUGCAGGAACCAGGUGUGCCUUUGCGGGACCCAUGCCUUGAGGCCAGGAGCACCCCGCUGCCAGCAUGCCGUGGGAUGCGCGGCGGCCCGGGGGCGGCGCGGACGGCGGGCCCGAGGGCUCGGGCGCAGCGCGCUCACGGGCGCAGAAGCAGUGCCGCAAGUCGUCGUUCGCCUUCUACCAGGCGGUGCGCGACCUGCUGCCAGUGUGGUUGCUGGAGGACAUGCGCGCCAGCGAGGCCUUCCACUGGGACGAGCGCGGGCGCGCCGCCGCCUACUCACCCUCCGAGGCGCUGCUCUACGCGCUCGUGCACGACCACCAGGCGUACGCGCAUUACCUGCUGGCCACGUUCCCACGGCGCGCGCUCGCACCGCCCAGCGCGGGCUUCCGCUGCUGCGCGGCUCCCGGGCCGCACGUGGCGCUGGCCGUGCGCUACAACCGCGUGGGCAUCCUGCGCCGCAUCCUGCGCACCUUGCGCGACUUUCCUGCCGAGGAGCGUGCGCGCUUGCUGGACCGGCGCGGCUGCAGCCGUGUGGAGGGUGGUGGCACGUCGCUGCACGUGGCCUGCGAGCUGGCGCGCCCCGAGUGUCUCUUCCUGCUGCUAGGCCACGGCGCCUCGCCGGGCCUGCGCGAUGGCGGCGGCCUCACGCCUCUCGAGCUGCUGCUGCGCCAGCUGGGCCGCGACGCUGGGGCCACUCCCGCCGCUGCUGCUGAAGCCCCGGCCUCUGCACCCGGGGAGCCACGCCAGCGCCGCCUGCUGCUGCUGGACCUGCUGGCGCUGUACACCCCCGUGGGUGCCUCCGGCUCGGCCCGCCGGGAGCUGCUGGGCGACCGGCCGCGCUGGCAACGGCUGCUGGGUGAGGACAAGUUCCAGUGGCUGGCCGGCCUGGCACCGCCCUCACUCUUCGCGCGCUCCAUGCAGGUGCUGGUCACCACCAUCUCUCCCGGCCGCUUCCCUGAGGCCCUGGACGAGCUGCCGCUGCCUCCAUUCCUGCAGCCAUUGGACCUCACUGGCAAGGGCUAGAUCCGGAGCACCCUGGGCGCUGGAUUUGGGGACAAAAUUGUUUUUCAGAGUGUUGUACCUGGCACUUUACAUAUAUUGAUCUCUGUACAGCACAA